GUCCACAAACGGUUUUUUGGACGGCAUCUAUCAGGUGGUGGUGAAAUCAAAUUUUCGAUUUUUUUGGUGGUGUUAUAAUUUAAGUUUUUUUUUUUAAUUUUUUUUAUUUUUAUGUGUUAUAAUCAAAAUCGUGAUUUUGUUGAGGUGUUAUUUCUUAAAAAAUCCUUAGAAGUAUGUACCUAUUUGUACAACAAGCACUUUCAAAAUAACCAAAAAUUGAAUUGAAGGACACCUCUUCCCGCCAUUGAAGAACAACAAAGCCUAUUCAUUUGAGUUUACAAUUCCAGACUUACCAAACAAUUGAAUUGAAAUCCUCGAAUUAAACCGAAUGAAUGAGGAUUUCUUCUCAGAAUCGCUCAUUAAUAUCAAUCAUCAAACACACCUUUAAACCCAGAAUUAAAUUCCAUUGUUAUUGCUAUUUUUCAUCAACCCCUGAUUCCAAUCUCUUGACAUUGUUCAACCAAUACGUUGAUCCAUCCAAUGUGCAUUCAUGGAAUUCAGUCAUUGCCGAGCUUGCUCGUAGCGGCGAUUCGCUCGAAGCCCUUCGAGCUUUCUCGUCGCUGCGAAAGCUAUCACUUCUUCCUAACCGCAACACAUUCCCCUGUACUAUUAAGUCCUGCUCGUCUUUGUGCGAUCUUUUCUCCGGUCGACAAGCCCAUCAGCAGGCUUUUGUGUUCGGUUAUGAUUAUGAUCUUUUUGUGUCUUCUUCUUUGAUUGAUAUGUAUUCUAAAUGUGGGCAGAUUUGGGAUGCACGCAAGCUGUUCGAUGAAAUUCCUCAGAGAAAUGUUGUGUCUUGGACGUCUAUGAUCACGGGUUGUGUACAGAAUGAUGAACCCCAUGAGGCUUUGGUACUGUUUAAUGAGUUUUUGUCGGAGGAAAGUGAGAUCGAGGGAGAGAAGGAGGGUUUUUCUGUUGAUCAAGUUGCUUUGGUUUCGGUUUUAUCAGCUUGUGCUCGGGUUUCGAACAAGUUUGUGACAGGUGGUGUUCAUGGGUUUUCUGUAAAACGGGGUUUGGAUGUGUUUUUGGGAGUAGGGAAUACUUUGGUAGAUGCGUAUGCUAAGUGUGGGGAGUUGGUUAUGUCGAAGAAGGUGUUUGAUGGGAUGAUAGAGAAAGAUGUUAUUACUUGGAAUACUAUGGUUGCAGUGUUUGCACAAAAUGGAUUGUCAACUGAAGCUAUAGAAGUGUUUCAUGACAUGGUGAAUGAUAGCCACAUUAGGUAUAAUGCAGUGACCUUGUCUGCUGUACUGCUUGCAUGCUCUCAUGCCGGGGCUUUGCUUCAUGGCAAGUGCAUACACGAUCAGGUGGUUAAAAUGGGUUUGGAACAGAAUGUAUUUGUUGGCACCUCAAUUAUCGACAUGUAUUGCAAAUGUGGGAGAGUUGCAAUGGCCAGGAGAGCAUUUGAGCGUAUGAAGCUGAAGAAUGUGAAGUCUUGGAGUGCAAUGAUAGCUGGUUAUGGGAUGCAUGGUUAUGCCAAAGAAGCACUUGAUGUUUUCUAUGACAUGAAAAGGGUAGGAGUAAAACCAAAUUACAUAACUUAUGUAUCAGUUUUAGCUGCAUGCAGCCAUGCUGGCCUUGUUGAUGAAGGCUGGGACUGCUUCACAAGCAUGAAAAGGGACUUUGGUGUGGAGCCAGGGGUUGAACACUAUGCCUGUAUGGUCGAUCUUCUUGGUCGUGCUGGUUUACUUGGCAAGGCGUAUGAUUUGGUUAAGGAAAUGAAGGUUGAGCCUGAUUUUGUGGUAUGGGGAGCUCUUUUGGCUGGUUGCCGAAUGCAUAAAAAUUUAGAGCUUGCUGAAAUUUCAGCUAGAAAAUUGUUUGAAUUAGACCCAAGUAAUUGUGGGUAUUAUGUUUUGCUUUCUAAUAUGUAUGCUGAUGCCGGAAGGUGGGAAGAUGUUGAGAGAAUUAGAAUUUUAAUGAAGGAAAAUGGUUUGGUUAAACCACCUGGAUAUAGCUUGCUUGAAGUGAAAGGGAGAGUUCAUGUAUUUUUGGUUGGAGAUAAAGAACAUCCUCAACACCAGCAAAUUUAUGAGUACCUGGACAAACUAUAUAUGAAACUGAAGGAAUUCGGAUAUGUAUCUGAUAAGACAUCAGUUCUUCAUGAUGUUGAUGAUGAAGAGAAGGAAUUCAUCUUACGGGCUCACAGUGAGAAGCUUGCAGUUGCAUUUGGUAUUAUGAAUACUGUUCCUGGGACUGUAAUCCAUGUCGUAAAAAACCUCAGGGUUUGUGGUGAUUGUCACACUGUGAUAAAGCUAAUUUCUAAAGCUGUCAACCGAGAGAUUGUGGUAAGAGAUUCUAAGCGUUUCCACCAUUUUAAAGAUGGGUCUUGUUCAUGUGGUGAUUACUGGUAAUUGAUAUAAUUUCUUCCUUGAAAAGAAAGACUCGGUAGAUUUGAUUAUGCCCACUGCAGUAAUGGUUAUCAAAAGAUGAUUCUCUACUACUUCAGGAGAAGUGGUGGACAUGAAAUAUCCGUAUGGAUGCUACAUACUGUUAGAAUGGCUUCUCAAUUUAUGCUUCGUCUCAAUUGUUCUGGAGGGACUAGCAUUUUUAGUGUUGAGGGUAUUAAGAGAAGCAAGCAAUUCUCUUAGGGAAGAUUUCCUUAAGCCAGGGUUCUGGAGGAGACC